AUUAAUUUCUCAACGGACUCCUUUGCAUGCUGCACACAACAAUGUGACGCGCACACGGCUCGGCAGGUUGUGCCAGAUAUGAGAGAUGUGUGUGAUUGUGUUGUUAUGGUUAUGCCUAGCAUUAGGGUUUCUUUUAGCUUUGUUGAUUCACAAGUUCUCGCCUCGUUUCCAGACGAAACAUGAGCAAAAUCCGCUGUUUCUGAUUUUCCAGGAUCUCAUCCGUUACGGCAAAACAAAGCAAUGUAAUCGGGACUAUUGGCUACAUAAACUUGAUGUUCCAAAAAGAUGGUUCUGGCACUUCUAUGCGGUAUCCGUUGUUUGGAACGGCCUCCUUCUAGUCCUGUCCCUUCAUCUGAAGCUUCAGAACCAAUCAUACCCGCAGUGGUUGACGUAUUUUUUGAGCUUUUUGUGUGGAAUGCAAUGGAAUGAGAGUCAAGUUCCACAAUUAUCUACUUUGCUGGUGCAACUGUUUCUCUGGAGCCAUUCACUCAGAAGACUGCUAGAGUGCCUAUUUGUUAGUGUUUACUCGGAGGGGGUCAUACAUAUGGCACAAUAUAUGUUUGGCAUUGGAUAUUACAUCAUACUUGGAUUGACAGUCAUUUGUUCCAAUAAUUUCCUUGAUGCAAAAGGUUUUGGCUCUCUCUUCCACCAGCUGGAUUUGGGCCAUUUGUCAGGAACAGCUCUCUUCAUUAGUGCAUCACUGCUCCAACACAGCUCGUUGGUCACGUUGGCCAUGCUCCGUACUGGGAAUUCAGGAACAGUGAAGACCUUUGUCCAUGGCGUUCCCCAUGGAGGCUGGUUCGAGCUGGUGUCCUGUCCGCAUUACUUUGCAGAGCUGCUUAUCUACAUUUCACUUGGCUUGGUGUUCGGAGGCCUGUCUCUAACCUGGUGGACUGUUGUCUCCUAUGUCCUGUUCAACCAGGCUCUGGCUGCUCAGCUCUGCCAGGAGUUUUACAUGACGAAAUUUGAAGGCUACCCAAGGCAUCGCUAUGCAUUCAUACCGUUUGUCUUAUGACACAUCAAAUUGUUGGUGCUUUUGUUCUUCGUUUUUUUACUUUUAUUUAAAUUAUUUUUUAUUAAUACAAUAAAGACAGAAGUUACAUGCUCAAUGUAUCAGUAUCAGACAUUUAUAAAUAUUUCUAAUAAACAUUGCACAUUGAUUAAAUUGUUCAUUUGCAAGACCCACGUUCAGCUGACUGCUAUUAAUAAUUAUGUCAAAAAUCUCCCCCCAUAACAAACAAUAUAAUAUAUCAAUAGGUCCACAAUUAUCUCACUCAACAUUAACUUUACAGGAACUAAUAUAUGUAAUGCAUUAAAACUUUGAUGUAAAUGUGUAGAAUGGUUAACCCACAUUUGUACAAAUUCCUAAAAUAAAUGGAUGAGUGCACUUUA